AGAUGUAUCCAUAUCUCCGAUCACUGUCAGCUCCUGAUUGUCGAUAUCAGCACCAAUUGAAUCAACCCCUGUUUCAAAAAAAUCAGCCAUACAUUGAAAAAGUGGAUCUAUUCUUUGAGGGCAUUUGAAGAAAUAUCAGUUGAGGAAACACAGUGUAUGGAAUGGUAGUGGUCAUUGAAUGCAAACUCAGGCAAAUGCAGCAUCUGGAAUGUGACAAUGGACGACGAAUGCCUUCUCAAGUUCUUGUAGCUAAAAGCAAAACGAAUCCAUCAAUUUGUCUCCUCCGAGAUCGAGGCUCAAUGAAUAACAGUGGAUGAAGAUGAUCUACACUGGUUUAGACGAACACAUUCAAGUGGGACAACGGACUUGAUAUCACAAAAAGAGCGAGCCACCUCCAAAUUCCGAUUCCAGAUCCAGACCAAAAAUUCCCACUCCCAGGAUCUCCCGCACCCGGAGAAUCACCACCGUCCAUCAUUUGGAUUUCCAUCCUAUCAUCUACGGCUUAGAUGCAACGCUAUUUUGAUCCAGGGAGCUUGCCCGCCUGGAGCCUGUCAACGGUCAUGUGCCAAACCGCUCACGCACGUGCCGCCAACUUUUCCCACGUGAACAGCGCGUGACAAUCACGCCCAUCUUAGGCGCGUGGCGCGAUCUCUCUCACCCACCUCACCAAAAAUGCAUUUCAAAAUUCAAAAUUCGAAAACUCCCACCGCAUAAUCCACUUUCUAUAUAUUAACAGAAACUCCUCCGGCGUUUCAAUUUCACUCCCAAAUCUGUCUCUCAACCAAACCCUAAUUUCUCUCUGAAAAUCAACAUUUUCUGCAAAAAAAAAUUCGAAAAUGCGUGAGAUCUUGCACAUUCAGGGCGGGCAGUGCGGGAACCAGAUCGGAGCCAAGUUCUGGGAGGUUGUUUGCGCCGAGCACGGCAUCGAUUCCACCGGAAGGUACCAUGGCGACAACGACCUGCAGCUCGAGCGAGUUAAUGUCUACUACAAUGAGGCCAGCUGCGGUCGGUUUGUUCCUCGCGCCGUCCUCAUGGAUUUGGAGCCUGGUACGAUGGACAGCGUCAGAUCUGGACCGUACGGGCAGAUAUUCCGGCCGGAUAACUUCGUCUUCGGCCAGUCCGGCGCCGGGAAUAACUGGGCGAAGGGGCAUUACACUGAGGGAGCGGAGCUAAUUGAUUCGGUGCUCGAUGUUGUCAGGAAAGAGGCAGAGAACUGCGAUUGCUUGCAAGGAUUUCAGGUCUGUCACUCAUUAGGAGGUGGAACUGGAUCUGGAAUGGGAACUCUGUUGAUCUCCAAGAUCAGGGAAGAGUACCCCGACAGAAUGAUGCUCACCUUCUCCGUAUUCCCAUCCCCAAAGGUAUCUGACACUGUUGUUGAACCCUACAAUGCCACACUCUCUGUUCAUCAGCUUGUUGAGAAUGCUGACGAAUGUAUGGUCUUGGACAACGAAGCUCUCUAUGAUAUCUGCUUCCGGACACUCAAACUCACCACCCCUAGCUUCGGAGAUCUCAACCAUUUGAUAUCUGCUACAAUGAGCGGCGUGACAUGCUGCCUGCGAUUCCCCGGUCAACUAAAUUCCGAUCUUCGCAAACUGGCCGUAAACCUCAUUCCAUUCCCGCGGCUCCACUUUUUCAUGGUUGGGUUUGCUCCACUCACAUCUCGUGGGUCGCAGCAGUACAGAGCCCUAACCGUCCCCGAGCUGACCCAACAAAUGUGGGACGCUAAGAACAUGAUGUGCGCCGCUGAUCCGCGCCACGGCCGUUACUUAACUGCCUCGGCGAUGUUCCGCGGCAAGAUGAGCACUAAGGAGGUCGACGAGCAGAUGAUCAACGUCCAGAACAAGAACUCGUCCUACUUUGUAGAAUGGAUCCCCAACAAUGUUAAGUCGACGGUGUGCGAUAUUCCUCCAACGGGGCUGAAGAUGGCGUCGACGUUCAUCGGGAACUCGACUUCGAUUCAGGAGAUGUUCCGGAGGGUGAGCGAGCAGUUCACGGCGAUGUUUAGGAGGAAGGCUUUCUUGCAUUGGUACACGGGGGAGGGUAUGGACGAGAUGGAGUUUACGGAGGCGGAGAGUAAUAUGAAUGACUUGGUUUCGGAGUAUCAGCAGUACCAAGAUGCGACUGCCGACGAGGAAGGUGACGGCUACUAUGAGGAGGAUGAAGAUGGGCAGGAAGAGGCUUAAGGUUUGAUUGUUUGUUUGUUAUUAUGCGUUUGUUUGUUUGGUAUGGGAAGUGUCUUUUAUAUAGCUCAGCUCGGCUAUCUCUAUCUCUACUGGAUAUUAUUGACUGAUGUUUUGCUGUGGUGUUUUUUGUUG